UAUGAAGACCAUGUCCGUCGACAAUUACUCUUCUCACGAGCUCUAUUCCGGAUCUUCGAUACCUCUUCUGCUGUGCAGUCAUGCUUGGCAACGAUGCGGGCCGCCGUGACCUGCACUCGAGAUAUGGAAUUUACUAGACGUGCUUCUUCCGUAUCCGUAUCCUGCUCAAGCUAUGGUCGCCUGCGGUAGUCAAUCCUGCAUGUUAUUUCUCCGCGGCUCCACCCACUCGCGCUGCGACGCUUCAGGCUCGGAUGGUAGACCGCGUAUAAAGACUGCUCUCCAUCGCCUACUCAAUCCUCAGCUCGUUCUCCAACACUUCUGCACUCCAACAAGUCUCCCACACGCACUCCUCUCAUAAUGAUCCUCGCCUCCACCGUCUUCAUCGCCCUCACCGCGCUCAACGCGGCUGCGAAGCCCACCACUCGCGCUGCCUCCUGCACCUUCCCCGACCCGCCCUCCACGAGCUCGCUCUCCGAGCCCAUGACGGUCACGGGUGACUUUGACGGUGGCAACGUCCGCUUCGAUCGCGGGACGUCGUGCACGGGGCAGGCCGAGGGCGGCGACAGUGACGCGGUGUUCCUCCUCGAGGAGGGCGCGAGCCUAUCGAACGUGGUUAUUGGCGCAGACCAGGCGGAGGGCGUGCACUGUUUGGGCUCCUGCACCCUCACGAAUGUGUGGUUUGAGGCGGUUUGUGAGGACGCCAUCACCAUCAAGCAGGACAGCGGCACCUCGACCAUCACUGGCGGUGGUGCUAAGGGCGCGGACGACAAGGUCGUGCAGCACAACGGCGGUGGUACGGUCGUCAUCGACAGCUUCUGCGUCCAGGACUUUGGCAAGCUCUACCGGUCGUGCGGGAACUGCGACGACAUGUACGAGCGUCACGUCGAGAUAAGCAACAUCAUCGCCUCAGACGGGUCCUCGCUCGCCGGCAUCAACAGCAACUACGGCGACACUGCGAAGAUUGACGUCGCGUCCUCCCAGAUCGACGACGUGGACUCGAUCUGCGACACGUACGAGGGCAACGACAACGGAGACGAGCCUGAGAAGCUCACCUCCAACGAGUCGAACGAGUACUGCCAGUUCUGAGCGCCUCGUAUCACCACAGCGCUGGAUGGUCCCCUUGGCGCCGUCGGAAUUCAUCGCCUUCGCCUCACUAGGGUCUCCGGAACAGGCCAGCGCUCAGUUCCGAAAAACACAUACACGGUCGACUGAUUGGGUUCAGAGGUCGUCUUCCUUUCUUUCCCUUGUGAAUUAGUGGCACAUGUGUUCCGUAAAUCUUCUCUGUAGCUUCGUUGUGUUAGCCAUCUUCUGUUGUAUACCAUGC